AUGACGGAUAAGUUAAAACGCCUUAUACACACACUCAAGCUAAAGAGAAAGCUAUGUGCCCAUCUCAAGACGUUCUCCAAUCACGUAAAACGCCUUCAGCCUCCCCAGGUGGCAAGAUCAUUUUGCCAGAACGAGGCUAUUACGGAUAAUUAUGUUUUCCAAAAUGAGACACAGAUCUCGCAGUUAGAGUCUCUUGUAGACAGAGCUCAGGGAGUCGGAUUCUUAGUAAGUCUUAUUCAUUGUUCUGAUCUGUUGCAGCAAGUCUUCUAGAACUGAAGAGAGACAGAGAGGUUUCGCAAAGGGCUUGUUCAUUGAGAUCGUGACGAGCUGACCAAUACUACCUUCAUAGAUUGAGCAUAUCCUGGAUCUUCGAAAUGCUGAAACGAACCACAAUAUGAAUCUGGCCAUGCAUGACAGAUCUAAGCAAGGAGUAGAGGAAAACAGUCUUGUCAGAGAACUAGCCUCACAAACUACUCAAGAUACCAAAGCAAUGCGAACCAUUGCAUUUAUUUCUGUCAUAUUUCUUCCCGCAACAUUUCUAGCAGUAAGUCGACGAUCCAAGCAAGAAGAUUUGCUCAAAAUUCACGUCAAGAGAACUCAUAUAUCAUGGUAGACUUUCUUCGGAUCGAAAUUUUUCGGAUUCGAAGACACCAAAGAUGGACACAGUCUGACUGUAGCGUCAAACAUUUGGAUCUAUGUUGUAACAGCUUUGGCAUUUUCGGUAGUCGCUGUAGCAAUUUGGUAUUGGUGGGGUUUAAGAAGAGGGUCUGAGCCUGAUAAAGUGAAGAACGCCGAUAUGCCUUAG